UGAUUCGUUUCGGAUUCGUCAUUCUGUGUGCAGUACUCUUCGGUCGUGGUUGGUCGCGUUUUUGUUAUUGUUCCUCGCGAGCGAUUACCUUACUGCGGAGUGUUUUUUUUUAAUUUGUUGGUGCGCAAUCAGCAGCAUUUUGUGUAAAAAUAUUGUUUCUCAUUGUGGAAGCGUAAGUGGCGACGGUCCUUGAGAAAUGCCCUUACAGUUAUAGAAAAUACGCAGUGUUUUGUGUAGAUUCAUCCGGUUGUCCCAAAUUUGAUUUCAUCGUGCCGUGCGAACGUCCUGCAGUGCAAAGUGUCACCGAGAGCUGUCACACUGGGUCUAUUUUGAAGUCAACUGUGCGCUGGCAAUCAGGUGUUGGAUCCGUUUAGUAAUUGAGUGCAAAAGAGUUCGAUAACGUAUUAUCCCUUGUUCGAAAAAGUUUGGUGCAAAAGUGCGGUUGGUUUUGAGUGUUUACGCACGCCCGACCGGAGCCGCUAGUUUGACCAAAAAGGUGUGAAAAGUGAUAGGGCAUAUUGGUUGGUCAAGCCUUGGUGAUCAUUCGUGCUCUCGGUUCGCAGUUGUUUGUGUAACAAGAAAUCGAUUUUUUAGCGGAUAGCCCCGGAGAGCGCGGUAGCGGCGCGCACAAACGGUUGCAAAAUUUACAAAUUACAUAAAUCAUCAUCCUCGGCGAUGGCGGUGGUUCGUAAGAAACAGGAUGAUAAAGUGUUGAAAACGCUCCGGGAGCUGGUAGCCGUCGGGGGCAACAAGGAGUGCUUCGACUGCGGUCAGAAGGGGCCCACCUACAUCAACAUGACCAUCGGAUCGUUCGUGUGUACGACCUGUUCUGGAAUAUUACGAGGGCUUACUCCGCCACAUCGCGUCAAAUCCAUUUCGAUGGCCACGUUCACACAGGAGGAAAUCGACUUUGUUCGGCAGAAUGGCAACGACACAUGCACCACAACAUGGCUGGGUCUGUGGGAUCCAAAGCGAGCAAUCAAACAGGAACACCGAGAUUUCAUGAUCGACAAAUACGAACGGAAGAGGUAUUACUUGGAACCCGCUAGUCCUCUGAAAUCCCUGCCAUCAAACACCACCAGCGCGACGGUUUCACUGUCAGCAAACAACGGUAUCAGCACCAGUAGUAGUAAUCUUAGUAGUAGGAACGGUGCCGAAAAUCUAGUGCCACUGAAAACUAUCACACUGACUCCGCCCACGUCGCUACGACUUAGCCGAACAAAUUCAAACUCCAGCAGUGGCCUGAAUGGAAACAGUAGUCAGGCUUCGUCAGUCACCGGUUCCAGUACAAAUAUUAAGUUUCAGCAACAGUUCACUCCAGACGACAGUAAUUUCUUUAGUGAUCCACCAAAAAUCUUGCCACCAACGCCACAGAAACACUCGAAUCAUCAUCAUCUGCGACUGAAUGGCACCGUGAACGGAAGCGCCUUCGAACGAAGUCAGAAGAACGGUCUACUGACCAGUGCCGGUAAUGGUCACACCCACAGUGCGAACGAUAACAAAUUCACACCAGACUCGGACUUUGUGGCAGAUUUUAGCAAUGCAAACAUCGUCAGUGUAAAUGGAGCGGCGACCGCCAAUAAUGGACUGAAAAAUAGUGGCAAUCACAAGCUCAGCAAUGGAUUCAACGAAAACGGGAAUCUGGCGAAUGAACAUCAGCAGACUCAAAACGGCACAAACGGGCAAACCAAUGGCGACAUAGAGAACUUUGCUGAUUUCGAACAUAACACAAUCUACAAUGCAGCAGGCAACAUAAGUACAGGAUGUCUCAUCAGUAAUAGCAACAGCAUUGAUAGCAGCACGACAAACAGCAGCAGCAGUACAACCAGUGUCAAUAGCAUAAAUAACGAUGUAUUCAUCAAUAACUAUAAUCUGCUAAAAAAUAACAACGAUGCCAACUUCAACGCCAUCAGCAGUGGUUUAGGUGUCAGUGGCACCGAUCUCUCGAACUUUCAUGGCAGUCAGUUUGCGGUUUUCGGUGAUUAUCACCAGGCGGUAGGAGGAGGUAACUCGUUCUGCAGUGGGCCGGGACUGCAGCGAACGAAUGGUUACAGCUACUUUCAAAACUACCAGCCUGUAACUAAUGGUAGCGGCAGUAGUAGUCUGAACUUUACCUCCUCUGCCAACAACGGCAGCAACAGUAACGUUCAAUGGAAUCUGUGGCAACAGUUCAAACAGUGGCCGUCCCACGAACCACAGCCCAUGUUUGGCAGUAUGGGCAGUUUGAGUGGCAAUGGCCAAACUAACCCGUCAUCAACUAGUUCAAUAAGGUCUCAUCAGCACCAACUACAACACCAGCAGAAUCAACAGCCGCAGCAACCGCAUCACAGCUCGAAUCAGAAUCGAUGGAGUCUUCCGAUAUCCAGUAGCGCAAAAUCCUCCGCUGCACUUAACUCAAUGACGCCGUCCGUAGAUAGGUAUGCAGCACUCAAAGAUUUGGAUGAUCAGUUCCGGGAAAUCAAAUUUGAAAACGAAACUAACAACAACAAUAUCAGCACCGCACCUAAUGGUAAUAGCAACGGAUUAAUUAAUGGAAAUCACACCAACGAAGUGCAUCAAGCUCCUUCAGCGAAUCCCUUCAAGACAGCGAAUCCGUUCCAACAGCAGACACAGCCAUCGCAAACGAUGAGCUGGACAAUACCCGGAUCGACGCCACCAAGCAAUGGUUUCUACGCCACGUCACCGUACCAGAAUGGUUUCGUACAUCCGCAGCACAUGCAGAACGGAAAUGUGACGAACGGGAUCGGUUUCACCAAUGCCUUCCAUCCCACGGGGGGUGUCAUCCCCACGGGUAUGCCGCAAUUCAAUGGUACCGCGACGACGGCUACCACGAAUCACUUUGGACAUUUCGGAAAUCCGUUCAUGGCAGGUGCUACAACGGUGUCCUCGAAAUCCAAUAACCCAUUCUUAUGAGUGCACUCGUAGAACAACACCCGACAAAAUGCCAGCAGUAGCGGUAACGUGGUGCCGCAGCCAAAAUUCCAAACGUAGAACCUAUCCCUACGCCAUCAUUAGAGACGGUUGUGCAUCACGAUUUCACGGUGAGAUCUUAGACGAGGGCUGUGGAGAAAUUUUAAACCGGAAACCUACACCGUCAUCGCGUCCUAUACCUACAAUAUACCGGUGGCGACAAGCCGGUACGAGAGAUGAUUUCAUCAGAGCAACAAAUAACAAAGAAGUGAUAUAAAUCUUUUUAUUUUAUCUGGGGGGAAUUGGGAAAUGCCACACCGACAUGUGGAAGCCGAUUCGAAUUGGCAGUGCGUAAAUUCGAUUUUUUUUAAAAUCUGUAACCAUGUUUUUGUUUCUUUUUUUUUUGACGGGAUAUUUCGGAAUAAAUGCCCAAGCCGGCCGAAACGGCAUUACACGGAACAACAAAAAAGUGCAGUUGCUUUCUUUAUGGGUUCAAGAAUAAGUAGACGUUUAGUAAAUAGUGGGAUUGUGUGAUCGCUUCGCGCUUAUGGAAGGGGGAAGAAUAAAAUGAGAGCGUAUUGCCAAUGUGCCGAAUAAUGAAAGUGAUAAAUUCCAUUUCACAAAUUGAAUGUAACGGAAAUGAAUAUGAAUGUUUUAUAUGUUUCUUCUUUGUUUCCAUUUAUUUUGUCUUGUAAUUGGAAUGAGUAGAUUUUAUUUAUUUUAGGAAAAUCAGGUUGGCUGCUAAUGGGUUAGAAACAAUCACAAUCAUUGGAAAUGUCAUAAAAAAUGUAAUAUCGAGGGAAGAUUGAAAGCAACAUUUGGCAAUGAGUUCUUCAAAUUUCUUUUUUUUAUGUUCGCCAAACUUUGCUGGUUCUAGAAAUGAUAGUCGCUGCAAAUCAUAGUUUUUUAAGAAUUAAUCCCAAACAUUAUCCCGUGAUAUCUGGAAGCAUUCUAUAAAUAUUAGGGUUUUAUCCUUCAAAAGCUUUAAAUUAAUUUAUAGCAAUAAUUCAAUGCUGAGAAAGUGUCCGAAUCGGUAUUUUAGCAGUUGUUCAACAGUAUCUUUGAAUAUUAUAAAAAGUUAGGCGGGAAUACAUUUGAUUUGCAUUUUAUGUCUACUCUCCCUUCGAAAUUUUGUGACCAAAUUUAAUUUAUUCAAGGGAGGAUUCAAUUUUUUAUCAGCAAAUAAUAAAAUUUUGUAUUUUUAUGGAAAAGUAUUUAAAAAAAACUGAUUAUCAAUAUUCGAAUUGAUUUUUAAUUUUUCAAAAGCAGUAGGACAAAAAAGCAAAUAAUAUUUAUACUGGCCUAUAUAAUAGAGAUGUAAUGUAAUGUCAUCUUUGCCCUUUCGCCGCUCUUCUUGUUUUUUGUUGGCUUCCCGAGAAAAGUGUGAUAGAAAAUUGAUAAAAAAUAUCUAAAGGGUUCAUUCACAAACUACAUAACCUAGAAAUUGACAAUUUUCAACCCCCAUCCAUCCCCUCGUAACGUUAUUUGUAUGAAAGAGACGCUCUGAUAGGUACCCUCCCACCCCUUAAUUUGUGAAUGGGCCCAAAGUGUUUCCUAAUUACUCUCUUGUUCAGUUAUCAAACUAUGCUCAGAUUCUUUUGUGGUGCAUGCGCUUUUCAAAUUUGACUCUAUGUACUUUUGUUUGCCUUUUUUAUCUCUGACCAGAUAAAAGUGUUAAUAAGACCGAACUCGAAAAGCAUCCGAGUAAAGCUUGAGAUAAAAUCGAUCAUUUGUUUUGUCGUUUUGGUUUUUUUAACAGUUAAAUAUAAAAAGUUUAUGACAGGAAAACCUUUCAUAGGAAUCAAAUCGAUGAGAGCAAAUCAAAAACUAAACUUGAUGUUGGUUUCCGAUAACGGAAUAAACAAUCUGUUUAAAAGAAAUCUAAAACAAGUGGUGAUUUAUAUUUGCUGUUACCUUUAAAAUAUGUUUUCUAUUUGCUAAUAUUAUGAUGCCAAACUUUGUUUGAUCAGUUUGCCUGCCUUAUUAUUAUCUUGUUGUUGAGUAUUGGUUUCAGGACUAGCUUUGCAAAACAUAUCAUUUAUGCUUAUAAUACCUCUCGAAAGACACGGGCAUUAUCGACUUGCACUUUUCUCACGUAAAAUAAUCCAUAACUGUGAAUACGUAGUAAGACAGAUUAAGUUUCCGUUGAAACGUAACAUUCUGUGUAAUGGAGAAUUUUGGGAAUACAUCAAAAUGGACUAUGAAUAUCGAAAUGAGAAUGCGUGACCAAUUUUCUUCAUUUGGAAAUUUUGCAAUCACUAAAAUUAUAAAAUCUGGAAAUAGUAAGCGAUUUUUCGCCACAUUUUAAUGUUCAUUCAACCGUCGUUUGCUGGAACAAAUCGAAUCUAGGUUGAGCCAUCCCUCUAUGAAUUGCCCAUAUUUAAAUUAACAAUCUUACUUCAUACUAUCAAGUGUUCAACUCGUAUACUAAAUACCUAGUAGCAUAAGUGAGCAGCCAACUUGAUCAUUUGUAAAUAGAUCUGCAGUAACACAUUUACUCUUCAUUUUUUCCUAAUCAAAGAAAUAUGAUUCUUAAACCAAAUAUAAAAGAACGAAACAAGUAUUGAAAAAACGUCGCCAUAAUCAACAACACUUACUCAAAUAUUUACAAUAAAGCGAGGGGUUGUAUAGAUGCAGCACUUAAUCUACUGGCAAAACACAGAAAGUCAUACAAACUCUCAGAAACGAACUAGUUUGCGUUUCGUUUGAAUCUAUAUACAUAGAUCUAUGUCAAACAAAAACGUGAUUUUAAAGGUGAGGUUAGAUAAUUUAGGCGUUCACAUUUUGAAACAGUGGCCGUUUGAUAUAAGUCAUUCAAACAAUUGAUUAUAGACACACAACCACAUUACAAUAAAAAAACAACUCGAAUCCUGCACGCCGUUUUACUUAUAUCUACACUCAUGUCAAACUACAAAAAAAUCCUGUCCGUUACGAAAAAAAUUAACACAGUGUUAUAAAAGUUCUACAAUAGAAACUGUUCAAUAAUCAGACAUGAUAAUGUCAACUGAAAUUAAAAGAAAGAACUAUGCUCAAACAGAAGAAAAUUUACACAAAUACUGUAGAGAAAACACUAAUGUUCGAAUAAACUUUGAACUGCAAAUCUAAUGCGAGGAAAACUCUAUUCUACAAUGCUAUAAAAGUUAUUCAAAUUUCGAAGACGAAGGAAAAUGCUUGUGUGGCCUUAAAUUACCCAAGAGUUUUAAUAAAAUUGUUACGCAGUGGUAGUCAAGAGUGGACCUGUAGCAGAGAUAUAAUGAAGUAACAUUUUAUCUGUAUUUUAGAAACGCCAGCAACCAUAUUUUUAGGUUAGAACAUUCAACGUUAAUAGACAAGCGAGAGUUUAUCACCCGGUCCUAAUACUGUAAUAAUGAUUCUGAUGCUGCGCUUGUUUUAUUCUCUGGCAUAGCCAAAACCGAUUACGAUAAGCUUUCACAUGAAUGCGCCUUUGAUUGAUGCUUUUAGCAAAUUGUCGUCAAACGAUUGGGAAGAGACCGCUUGUUUUUGCUUUAGUGCGAUAGAUUUUUCGAAGCAUUUUUGACUGACUCCCUACAUAAAUCAUACAGCGAACAAUUGUUGAACAAAUUUAUUGUGAAUUUUGUAUAUACUUAGGACGUAGCUUUCUAUAAUAACAGCUCAUUUUCUUUCGCCGUUAGCCUAGCUUUCCUUUCAAGCGAAUGCUGCAGAACGUGGUACGAGUUUUACGUGACAUUUUAUUCGUAUAUUUACUUGGAGUUAAUCAAAUGAAACGAAUAGUGUUCUCUUAAAGAUGCUCUCCCCUAUUUCCUCGUUUUCUUGAUACCCUACUGAACCCAUUACAAAUUAUACGAUAAUUGAUAAAUGAGAUAAACGAUGAACAAAAAGUGUAGAAAUAAGACAAUUUCGUUUCACUCAAACAUGAAAACAUUUAACUACAUCAAAGCGACUAACACAGAAAAAGCGGUUAUUCAAAAGGUAAGAGCAUGGUUCAAAAAUGUUUUAAAUGUUAUUAAUCCACUGAAGAUUGUUAGAAGUAUUCAUUAUAAAGAGGGCAAACAAAUUAUUAUCUACAAUUGAAUACGUAUGUAAAAAUAAUGUUUCAAAUGCCGCAAAUAAAUAAAAGAAACUUUAAUAUUUAAUAUUUAUAACAUUAA